CAACAGGCGAUCCAGCGAGAUGGAACGGGUGUAUUCGGCCGUGUUUGGCGAAGACGCGCAGAAGCAGUCCUUGCAGCACGAGAUCGAGACGCGCCAGGACGACGUGGACUACCUGCAACAUAGAGACGAUGGUGUUGGCCUUGCCAUUGAUCAAGACAGCCCAGUUCCUCCAAUUGAAGUGCAUAUCCGCCCACUCACGCCGGAAUUCCUCGAGCAACACAACCUUCAGAUGCAGCAUCGCCAGUACCAUGACGUCCUUCCUCCUCCACCACCACCGUCGGCAUCGUCGAUCGCAGCUGCUCCCCUGGUGACGCGUCCACUGCCAUCGUCUUUCAAAGGACCCCUGACAACCGAAUUGUCGGAGCUUGGUGGCGCGUUGAAAGCAGGUGCUCGCGCAUUCGUCCUCGCUUACGGCGCGAAAGCCUUCACAGCCCUUCUUCUUGCAUCACGGAAAUGGGGCGUCGACGACACCAACUCGUACGCAGACGCAUUGCGCCUGUUGUCUCAAAGCGACACGUUUCGCUUCGGUGGGUUUGUCGGCGCGCUCGUUGGGUCGUACCGGGCGACAGAAAUCGUCUUAAACUAUGUCCGUGGGCCGUGCACACCAGACGACGCAACGCACAAGGCGAUCGCCGGUGCCGUUUGCGGCCUGAGCCUCUUCCUGGACACUCCGUCGCGGCGGCCGGUGAUCUCGCUUUACAUUUUCAUUCGCAUGCUCGACAUCUACCUCCGCCACGCAUCAUGGCAAGAACGUAUUGGGAUCGAUAAAGUGCUUGACGACCACCCGUUUCUCACAACGUACUCGACCGAGAUGCUCUUUGCGCUGGCGAACGGCCCCAUCAUCUACGCAGCGGCGUACACCCCGUCGUACCUGCCUAAGAGUUACUACAACUUUAUCAUCCAUGCCGGGAACCUGUCACACCACGGCACAGACUAUGUGCUACGGCGACGGCACCGCGGCGACAUCGAUGCGUCCACCGGUCGAGUUGUGGCAUUUACUCCGUGCCAGCCCCACUUUCAUCGGGAAUCAUGCGUGGCCCACGCCGUGAAGGACUGGAUCACGGACGGUGUCGUCCGCGCUGCUCGUUUGUAUGUUCCUGUGCACUUUACGCCCCUGUUGUUAUUCAAGCGUCGCCAGUUGGUGUCGGCCCCGGCUAAAACGCUGACGCAAACCGCGCUCGCGACGCUGCGGUCGUCGGCAUUCUUGUCGUCCUACCAGGCGCUUGUCAAGGUCUUUUUGUGUGCGACCCGCAACAGUUUCCACGAAGACUACUCGCUGUCGGCACUCUUUGGCGGGGUACUGCGCAUUUGUCUUGAGGAUCACGAUGGAUGGAAUGGUUAGUUCAUGGCGGGGCUCAGCCUCUUUUGCGAAGACCCGAAACGACGGAACGAACUCAUGUUGUACACGGCGGUGCGUGGGCUUGAUGUUGUGUGGGCCAUUCUCCAACGACACAAAGCCAUCGCGCGUUGGCUUCGAUGGCGGCACGCCGAUGUGCUGUUCUUUUGUGUAGCCAUGUCGGUGAUUCUAUCGAGGCGCCCAGCCCACUUCAAGCCGACGUAUUUGUCGCUCCUUCGGUUCGUGUUUGGCCCGUCCGUCGUGGUGUCCCCGUCUGCAACCCUCACGACUGCCGACGAACGCAAGAUCCCAUCAGCCAUGCAGCGUCCAAGCCACCGGGCUACGUCAUCCCAACUCGUCCCGCAGUAACGCGGCAAUGGUGCGCUUGCCCUCCUCCAAAGAUUCAUCCACCACAAUACGGCAGGACACCGUUCAACGCUUUCGACGGGACAACUUGCCAUGCAUCCAUCGACGACGGGACGGCGAUGCCAAGCGAUGCUACUGGAGCACCUGGCGCUCCAUUCCCAAUGCGCAUCGGUCCAGAUGAACCGACUCACACUGGCUCGUGGGGCUGCGCCAGGAGAUUCCAUGUUGGCGGUCGUGCUUCCCCUAGCAUUCGAGCCCAGCUGAACGUAAAGAAUCCCCGAUCUGAAUGCAACGACCGAUCAAGCCGAG